GACGCACACCUAUUUUACCGAGUAUCUCAUCUAAUUACUUGUCCUACUAUACUUGGAACUUGUUGCUAUUUGAAGAAUACAAAUUAGCUAAAAUAAAAUAACGAUAGAAAUAUUACAACAGAAAUAAAUAUUACCAGGAAAUUCGGUAGUAAAUUUAAAUAAAUUCGGGGGUAAAAUGGUUUCCCAAAUCUCUAAGGUGUGCUUGGUCCUGUUACUUGGCAUUUUAUGUGCUAGUGAAAUCGCUCAGGGAGUUUGCAAUGUUACUCAGUGUACCGACCCGGACAGGUGUCGGCUGUCCGCUGGCAAUCGCACAUGCAGGUGUGUCGCCGAGUACUACGGCGAUUUGUGUGAGAAAGUUGCAACAUUCCAGGUGCUGUGCAGCAAAGAUUACAUCACCAUUAUGGUAAUCGAGGAUUUCUUCGAUUAUCAUAAAGUAAAGUUGGAGUCCCUGCAUCUUGAAAACAAGACCUGCCGCGCACGUCACGAGACCAUCGGUGGUGUCCCUUACUAUAUUGUGCGCACGUCCAAGGAGCAAUAUGCUUAUUGCGGCGGAAAGCCUCUUACGAAAAACAUCACUCAUGUUGAGUAUGCUCUGACGUUGAUGUCUGAUCCCGUGGUAGAGGGGUACAUCAUGAGGGAUCCUACCAUCAGGAUAGAAUACAAAUGUAUCUACCCUUACUUCCGACGUGUCAGUCUGCCGUUUCCCAUCAUCCCUGCCUCAGGUGAGGCCAUGAUGAGGGUGCAUGAGCUGGACGCAACCGUGGUGAUGGUCCUGUACAAGAACGAGACAUACACGGAGGCCUUUGCGCUAUCCCCGGUCGUCCAGCUCCGAGACAAGGUGUAUGUGGAGAUCAAGGUCACGGAUCCGGAGGACUUCUUCCACAUUGGCGUCAACGAAUGCUGGGCGACUCAGGUCCAGAAUCCCACCCAGACAGAUGGCUCUUUUCACCUGCUGAUGCGCAAUGGGUGUGUCGAAGACGACACUGUCCAAUUCCUGGACAUCAGCGAUCCUGUGAAGGGGGUUCGGUACAGUUUUGACAUGUUCCGCUUCGUCUCUCCACCACAUGACCUCUACCUACACUGCACUGUGCGGCUCUGCCCCCCUGAGGAGGGCAAACUCUGUGUUCCCGAGUGCAGAACCAUAGCUAAACGGGAGGUAGUGCCCGGAGGCUCCCAGGAGGGGGUGCUGACCUAUGGGCCGAUCAGACUCGCAGCUCCAGAAAAAAAAGAGUCCAACACAUUGCUGACGCUGGUCCUUCCUGUCGGUGCAAUCUGGAUCAUGGGUUUCUUCCUGCUCGCACUCAUUGCCUUCAUCAAGGAGGUGAACAAGCGAAUGGCACGGCUUUCAAGUCAUUAGCUUGUGUUUUUCGACAGUAAAAUAUGACAGUAAUUGUCUGGAUAAUUGUCUGGAAAAGAUGGAAAGUGUAAAUAUGGAUUGUCUCUACCUGGUAACACCAUGUGUAAAUGCAAUUACAGUAAAAUUAUAAGUUACUUGACAA